AUUUAAGUAAGUCUAGUUUCAUCACCAUUUCAUCGAUUAAAAGCUUAAAUAUACGUUUCCUCUACGUAAAUUUUGUGAUCAAACAAGAAUCAAGCAAAGGAUGGAAGGCAGAACUGUGAUUCUAAGUGCGCUUAUAAUGACUUUAGUCAUGGCGCGAAUUCAAGUAGAAGCAAAGAUCUGCUGCCCGAGCGCGAGUGCGAAAGCUCUCUAUGAUAUAUGUAUUAGAGCUUUCUAUGGCAGGACUUGUCUACCAAAGUCUGGAUGCAAAGAUGAAGAUCCUUGCCCUCCAGGAUAUCCUUAUGACAUUCUCAAAAGCUCUGCUCAAGGUGAUGCAGUUAAUGAAUACUGCAAGUUAGGAUGUGAUUUCUCUAUGUGCGGUGUAAUGACCACUCUCCAGAACUCCGGCGCAAAUGAAAUUGUUAAUGGAGCGGUUGUACAAUGCACCAAGGCAUGUUCUACUAUAUGCAACAAGGGCUCUCUCACAGCAGUUAAGAGUGCCUAAACAAUCAUAUCCAAUAAAAUCUCAGACAUAUGAACUGUUUUUCCUUUUUUAGUAUCAUCGUGUAUGUGGCGAAAAUGCUAGACUCUCAUGCUAGUAUUUAAAUAAGUUGUUGCUAGUUUUUUCGUGUGUCAUAGACAGUUGUCAGUUCUCGAUUGUAUACGCCUUCUAUAUCCCAUUAUUGUCUUCAUAAAUCUUCUUCUCUCGAUUACUUUAAUCUGCUUUUCAUUUAUUAUUCCACACUUUAUACAAAUUCUUCCUUUGAA